CGCGAUGGCGAUCAUGGCCAUGCUGUUGCAGGACGCUGGGUGGUGGUGGUGGUGGUGGUGAUCGAGGUGGUGGUGAUGGUGAUGGUAAUCGAGGUGACGGGCCAUGGGAGAUGCAAUGAGGGCGCGUGCAAGCAAGCAAGCAAGCAAGACCUUAUCCCUAUCCCUCCCUAUCCCUCCUCUCUCUCUCUUCUCUCUUUUCUCUCCGUUGCCGUCCUCCUCCUCCUCCUCCUCCCUCCCACCUGAUCGUCGUCAGCCUCCUCAUGUGUCCUUUUGCUCCCGCACCCCCUCAGUCCUCUCUUACCGCUCUUGCUGCUGUUGUGUUGUUUGUGUUGUUGUGUUGCGUUCUUCCCCUCCCCUCCCUCUCCACCUCCUCCAUCCACCGGCUUCCCACCCUCUCUUGCAACUCAUUUGCUUUGCUUUGCUUUGCGUCCAAGCAAGCAUCCACCCACCCCUAAACACACACACACACCAACCCGAUUGAUUCCUUGCCGACCACACCCUUGUUCUGAAGUCUUCACCUUCAUCCCACUCACCUCACUCACCCCACUCUCACCCACCCCACCCACCCCACUCUCACUCACUUGCCCGCACACAACCAACAACCGUCGCCUCGCUUCCAUUCUCUCCAAUCCCCCCUCACUCCCACAAACACACAGCGCCUUGAUCCCCUCCUCCUCCUCUUCCUCUUUCCCCUCUUU